AUGUUUCCUAAUAAGAUAAUGCAUGGAAAUCAAACUUGUAACAUUCAUGGACAACUGUAUACUUUGCUAAGUCGACUAGGACAUGGAACAUAUGGAUCUGUAUGGAAAUCUGUGACACCGAAUGGUAAAUAUGUUGCUGUGAAAGUGUUUGACUUCAAUCGUGCAAAAAAUGCCAUGGGCUACAAUGAUCGCCUGAAUUCAUUUACAACUGAAGUCAAAAUGGCUAGGAAAAUGCGUAAUGAAACUAGACAUAUUGUAACAAUGUAUGGAUAUGAGUAUAUUCCGCGACAUGGUGUCGGUUUUAUCGCAAUGGAAUUAUCAAAUGAAUCAUUUCUCGAUCGAAUUCAAAAUCUUCAUCAAACACAGUUGAGAUCUCGAGCGUCAGAUUAUAUUUCACCAAGAGAACGACAGAGAAUUUGGAGUCAAUUAGUCAAUGUUAUUCUAGCACUUCAUCAAUAUGGUGUAAUUCAUCGUGAUUUAAAACCGGCGAAUUUAUUGUUUUUCGGGCCAAACUUGAAAGUCAUUGAUCUCGGUAUGGCUCAAGAUGAAUUCACAGGAUAUAGUCGACAUCAAAGAAUAGGUGGCACGCGUCCAUAUAGUGCACCCGAAUGCUUCUCAGGCCAAAUGCCGAUCACAUCCAAAGCUGAUGUUUGGUCAGCAGGUGCUAUUCUAUACCAUAUAACUUAUGGCAAACCGCCUAUGUUUGAAUCUGCACGACCACCGCUCGGCGUUCUACCAACUCGUUCUCGGUCCAUUCAAGAGGUUCUUGAUCGCUGUCUUCAACAGAUUGCGUCGCGACGACCAGAUCAUCAAUGGCUUGUUCAUCAUCCUCUAACGAAACCUAUGAAAAAGUUCAGAAACUGA